AGAGCUCCUGUAUUCACAGGUCAGACUGUUGAAAAGUGCCUUCGAUACAUCACAUGCUGUCAUCAGACAACAGAAUCAAUUCCUGUUGGACCAUCAAUGAAGUGCUGGUGAUGAUGCAGCUAUCCCACAAUGCACCUGACCUGACGCUGGUUUCAGGAGUUUCUUCAGUGAGGCGGACGUCUGCCAUGCAUAUCAGAUCAUACACGGAUCAGGAAUUCCUGAUGAGCAGAUUGUAGUGAUGAUGUAUGAUGACAUCGCUUACAAUAAUGAAAAUCCCAAGAAAGGGAACAUCAUAAAUGUGCCUAAUGGCCCAAAUGUUUACCAAGGUGUUCUGAAGGACUACACUGGAAAUGAUGUUUCAGAUGAAAACUUUUUGGCUGUUCUUCGAGGGGAUUCUGGGGCUGUUAAAACUAGGGGACCAAAAAAGGUUCUGAGCAGUGGCUCAAAUGAUACAAUUCUGAUCUACCUAUCAGACCACGGGGCUCCAGGAAUGUUUGCAUUUCCAAAGUCCACACUUUAUGCGUCUGACUUGAUUGAUACAGUGACAAAAAUGUCAAACAAUCAGCAGUUUUCAAAAAUGGUGAUUUAUAUGGAGUCCUGUCAUUCUGGAUCAAUGCUUCAAGGUCUUCCAUCAUCAUGCAAUGUGUAUGGAAUUUCAGCCAGUACACCAACAGAAAGCUCUUAUGCAUGUUUCUUUGAUGAAUUGAGGAAUGCCUAUGUGGCAGAUGAAUUCACUACCUGCCUGUUCCAACACAUUAAGACGCAUGACCUUAGUAGCACAACUUUAGAAAGGCAGUUUGAUUUCCUAAAGAAGAGAGUCAAAGGAUCCACACCCUGCAAGUAUGGGAAUAUGCAAACUGGUCAGGAAAACCUCUGCCAGUUUUGGGGAAAUGUCCAGGCUGCUGGCACAAGAGAGCAAGCUUAUCACAUCCAAGUGAACGAUGCCAUUGCCAGCCAUAAUGUACCUUUAAGAAUUCAAGCAAAUAGAAUUCAAAGAGAGCGGGACCCCAGGAGAAAGCAGGAACAACAACGAAAAUAUGAUGUGCUUCAGCGAACUACACGUAAAAUCGAGACAGUUGUUUUGGAGAUCCAGCAGCAAUGUUCACGUGGAUGUGCAUCAGCAUCACGUAGACGUGCUGAACGGAAUUCCGCUUGUAUGGACAGAGCUAAAUUAGUGGGGCUCAAAACUGUUACGGAACAUUUCAGGACAUCCUGCUUUGACUGGCAUGAUGAGCAGUUUCUCAUUGCCCUACAACACACACAGGUCUUUGCUGAUCUCAUUUUCUCUGGAACUGAAGAGUACAGAAUCAUGGAGGCCAUAACAGCGGUCAGAAGAAGACACUUUUGAAGUCAAUCAAUCAAUCAAUUGUUAUUUUUAUAGCACAUUUUAAAACAACACAUGUAGACCAAAGCGCUUUAUACAAGAAAUAUAAAAAUAUAACCAAAUGCAAAAGCAUGCACAAUAAAGCAUUAAUAAAAUAUAGUUACAGCAAAAGAAAUGAUCCUCAAAACAACAGCGAAGAUAAUAAAUACUCUAAAUCUGAAUUAUCUAGAAUGAAUGUCUUCUAGUAAUGUGGCACGUAGGGGCAAAACAUGUUGGUCAUGAUGUAAUGUCAU